GGUAUUUUUGUUCAUCUGCAGCAGCAGUGAAACAUAGUUUAAUCCUGACUUGUUGGCAUUGUGGGUGUGCUGAUUGAGGCACUAUGGCUAUUUUAAUAUAUUUUUUUCUUUUAGUAUUUUCUGGAACAGCUUUUAGCCAAGAAAAAACAUACGUCCUUACAGCACCAAGAGUCUUUCGAGUUGGGACAUCUGAGAAAGUUGUAGUUCAAGCUUUUGGCUAUGAAAAUGAAUUUGCAGUCAAUCUUGCCUUAAGAAGCUUUCCAGAUAAGCUUGUUGCUUAUUCUUCUGGCCACAUUUAUUUAAAUCCAGACAACAACUUCCAAAAUUCUGUAACUGUAACACUUCAGCCAACUGAUCUAGCAGGCCCAGAGGACUCAGUCAAGUAUGUGUAUUUGGAAGCUGUUUCUCCACAUUUUACUGGUUUAAAAAAAAUCCCUGUUUCCUACGAGAAUGGAUUCCUUUUUAUUCACACAGACAAACCAAUUUAUACUCCAGAUCAGUCAGUGAAAGUCAGGGUUUACUCUCUGAAUGAAGAACUGCAGCCAGCUCGGCGAGAGACUGUCCUGACUGUUGUGGAUCCAGAUGGUGUAAAAGUGGAUAUUAUAGAAGAAAAUGACUUUACUGGAAUAGUUUCUUUUCCUGACUUCAAGAUUCCUCCUAAUCCCAAGUAUGGAAUUUGGAAGAUUGAAGCAAAGUACAAGAAGAAUUUCAUAACUUCAGCUGUUGCAAAGUUUGAAGUAAAAGAAUAUGCUAUGCCAAGCUUUUCCAUUGUCAUAGAGCCAGAAAAUAACUUCAUUAGUUCUGAUAAGUUUGAGAACUUCAGGAUUGCUGUGAAAGCUAGCUACUUUUAUAAUAAAAGACUUGCAAAGGCUGAUGUUUUUCUACGUUUUGGAAUAAUUGAAGGAACUGAAAAAAGAAUGAUGCCUCGUGCAAUGCUUGUAACUAAGAUUAGAAAUGGAGUUGCUGAGAUCAAUUUUAACAGUAAGAAAGCAGUGAGUUCUUUAGGAUUUCAAAGCCUGGAAGAAUUGGAUGGGUCAUAUUUAUACAUUGCAGCAUCAGUAGCAGAGUCUAUGGGUGGCCUCAGCGGUGAAGUGGAAUUUUCUGGAGUCAAAUAUGCUGUGUCUCCUUACACACUGAGUUUGAUUGCUACUCCACUCUUCAUAAAGCCUGGGCUUCCAUUCUUCAUUAAGGUGCAGGUGAAGGAUACAGUGGAUCACUUUGUUGGAAACAUCCCUCUACUUAUCACUGCAAAAUCCUUUAGUCAACAGAUGGAUGAGACAGAGUUGAUUUCAGAGGGUUCAGAAUCUGGGAGAAGAGAAACAAGCAUAAAUGAUGGAACUGCUUUGUUUGUUGUUAACAUCCCACCAGAUAGCAACCUACUGGAGUUUCAAGUAAGAACUGCUGAUCCACACCUUUCAGAUGAAAACCAAGCAACCAAAACCUAUGAAGCAAGAGUUUAUUCAUCAUUAAGUCAAAGUUAUCUUUAUAUCGACUGGGCUUCAAACCACAAAAUACUGAAUGUAGGGGAUUUCAUAAGUAUUAACAUAUACCCACGAAGUCGAUACAUUCAUAAUAUACAUCACUACAGCUAUUUGAUCACAUCAAAAGGGAAGAUAGUCAGCUUCGGAACUCAGAAGAGAAUUAAAGAUUUGGAAUACGAGCAUCUGUCUUUACAGAUAACUCAAGAAAUGGUUCCUUCAGCACGUCUUAUUGUUUACUAUAUUGUGGGAGAAGAACCUGCUGAGUUAGUAGCUGAUUCUGUUUGGCUAAAUGUGGAACAGAAGUGUGGGAGUAGUCUUGAUAUUAAGUUGCUAUCGAGCAAAGAGACACAUAAGCCAGCAGAAGUUGUAUCACUUAGCAUGAAAACACAGCUCCAUUCCUAUGUUGCUUUGUCAUCUGUUGACAAGGCAAUAUAUGGAGUAACAGGAAGAGGAAAGAGAGCAAUGGAAAAAAUAAUGCUGAAAUUGGAAAAGAGUGACCUUGGAUGUGGUGCUGGAGGAGGACAAAACAAUGUUGAUGUGUUCCGAAUGGCUGGCCUCACAUUUUUAACUAAUGCAAAUGCUGAUGAUUCGAAUGAAGCAGGUGAAAAGUGCAAUGAAGUUAUAAGAACCAAACGGUCUGACUUUGAGGAGCGAGUACUUAAAGAAGCAUCCAAAUAUAAACAUCUAGAAAUUCGAAAAUGCUGUAUGCAUGGAGUAAAAGUAUAUCCAGUAAGUGAGACUUGCAGUGACAGAGCCCGGCGAAUUCAGAGUCAUCCAAAGUGCAUUUCAGCAUUCAUAAAUUGCUGUGAAUUUGCAAACAGACUGCGGGAAGAAGAGCCUAAUAAGCUCCUAAUAUUGGCAAGAAAACAAUUUGAGGCUCUCUUGGAACUAGAUGAGACAGAAGUUCGAAGCUAUUUUCCUGAAAGCUGGUUAUGGGAAGUUCAUCAAGUUUCUCCACGGUCAAAGACUUUGUCUGUCACUCUGCCCGAUUCGCUGACUACCUGGGAGGUGCAAGGUGUUGGCAUUUCUGAUAAAGGUAUAUGUGUUGCUGCACCACUGGAAGUGCAAGUUGUGAAAGACAUCUUCCUUAGCAUUCAUGUUCCUUAUUCUGUGGUGCGAGGAGAACAAAUUGAAUUAAAAGGAUCUGUUUAUAACCACAGAGCUUCUGAAAUUAAGUUCUGUGUUAAAAUAGCAGCUGGAGAUGGAAUCUGUUCUUCUGGAGAUUCUGCAACUACUGGAACAAGGAUGCACAAUUGUGAUUUGAAGAAUCUGGGUGCUGGUUCCUCAGCACCAAUUACGUUCAGGAUUCUUCCUUUGGAAUUAGGGCUUCACACCAUCAACUUCACACUGCUGACAACUGGGAGCAGUGAAACUGUGGUUAAAACAUUGCGUGUAAAGCCAGAAGGCAUUAAAAAAGAACUUCACGCUGGUGUCACUUUGGAUCCACAAGGUGUUUAUGGCUCAAUCAAGAGACGACAAGAAUUUCGUUAUAAAAUUCCACUAAACCUGGUCCCUAAAACAAAAAUUGAUAGAAGUGUCAGUGUAAAAGGACAUCUUUUGGGUGAAGUAAUUGCCACAAUCCUCAGUCCUGAAGGUCUCAGUGUUCUUACGACUCUGCCGAAGGGCAGUGCAGAGGCAGAGCUCAUGAGUAUUGCCCCAGUAUUUUAUGUGUUUCACUACUUGGAAGCAUCAAACAACUGGCAUGUACUGGGUCCUGAAACCUUAACUUCAAGAACUCAAAUGAGGAGGAAGAUGAAAGAAGGAAUUGUAAGCAUCUUGUCAUUCAGAAAUUCUGACUUCUCAUACAGCAUGUGGAAGAACGGGCAAGCUAGCACAUGGUUGACAGCUUUUGCUUUAAGGAUUCUUGGACAAGUGAAUCAAUAUGUAAAUCUUGAUCAAAUUUCUGUUUGUAAUACACUUCUGUGGUUCAUUGACAACUGCCAAAUGCCAGAUGGUUCAUUCAGUGAAUUUUCAGAUUAUCAACCAGUGAAACUACAGGGUACGUUACCCAGAGAAGCUAAAGAAAAAUCUUUGUAUCUCACAGCAUUUUCUGUUAUUGGAAUUGAAAAAUCAAUUAAAAUGUGCCCUACUCAGAAAAUCCAUGAUGCUAAAAACAAAGCAGGAGAUUAUUUGUUGAAAAACACACAGGCUGCUCAAAGCCCCUUUACGAUGGCAAUAAUUUCAUAUGCUUUAGCUCUUGUGGAUUUGAAUCAUCAGGCUGCAAGAUCGUUGUUCUCUGCUCUGAAGAGGGAAGCAUCUGUCAUAGGUGACCCUCCUAUCUAUCGUUUUUGGAAAGAUGGUUUUAAAACACCAGACCUACAUGCUCCCAGUUCUGUUACUGCACAAAUGGUUGAAACUACAGCAUAUGCAUUGCUUACUGCUUUGUUGAGAGGAGACAAGAGCUAUGCUAAUCCGAUCAUCAAGUGGUUGUCUGAAGAACAAAGAUACGGUGGAGGAUUUUACUCAACUCAGGAUACUGUUAAUGCUCUUGAGGCCUUGACUGAAUAUUCCCUUCUUGUCAAACGGCUUCAUCUGGACAUGGGCGUUAAGGUUGCAUACAAAAAUCAUGGAGACCUGCAUCUAUUCAAACUGACAGAAGAUAAUUUUGUGGGAAGAACCAUGACAGUACCUUUGGAUGAUGACAUAUACAUAAGCACAGGCAGCAGCACUGGCAUAGCUACAAUAAAUGUGAGGACAGUAUAUAAUGUAAUGGGCACUUCUGAAGAGUCAUGUAACUUUGAAUUGAAGAUUGUUCCAAGGAGAGACGAUGGUUACAGAGGGGAAGAUGGUGAGCCACUUGGGCGCUUGGAGGCUUGUGCAAAGUACAGGCCCAGCACAAGGGAGCCACAGUCAGGAUCUGCUCAUGCAGUGAUGGACAUAAGUUUGGUUAGUGGAUUGGAAGCAAAUAGAGAAGACUUAUCUACUCUUGCAAGUGGAGUCGACCAGUUGGUAGCUGAUUAUGAGAUAAAAGAUGGGCAUGUUAUUCUGCAGAUAGACUCCGUGCCAGCUGAUCAGUUCCUCUGUGUUGGGUUCCGAAUAAGUCAGCUUUUCCAUGUUGGAAUGCUAAAUCCUGGCACAUUCACUGUAUAUGAGUAUCAUGCACCUGAUAAAAGAUGCACUGUAUUUUAUAACCCAUAUGGAAAUGAAAAACUUGUGAGGUUGUGUGAAGGAGAUGAAUGCAGAUGCAUGGAAGCUGAGUGUAGCAAAGUACAAGAAAGACUAGAUCAGUCAAUAACUGCUGAUACCAGGAGAGAAGUUGCAUGCCAGAAUGAUAUUGCAUAUGUUUACAAAGUGAACAUCUUAUCUCGCAGUGAAGAAGGUUACUUUGUAAAGUAUUCUGCAACUAUUCUGGAUUUGUAUAAAAGAGGACAGGCUUUUGCUCAAAAAAAUAACGAAAUUACCUUUGUUAAAAAGAAGACCUGUACUGAUGUUGAGCUGAGCCCUGGAAUGCAGUAUUUGAUCAUGGGAAAAGAAGCCUUAAAGAUAAACAUGGGUUACAGUUUCAGGUUCCAGUAUCCUUUGGACUCCAGCACUUGGAUUGAGUGGUGGCCUUCAAAUACAGCAUGUACAUUUUGUCAGGAGUUCUUAAACAGAAUGGAAGAUUUCGUUGAAGAUCUCAUCAUCAGUGGCUGUUGAUCUACGUGGAGAAUUUUUAAAUUAAAAACACAGAUCACAUCUCAUUUAAGAAAUCCUCAGUUGUUUAGUAAUUCUAGAACUUAACUGUCAUGAUUAUUACCUUGGAAAAAACUCUUGGCUUGUAUUGCAUAGCCAUUUUUUUAUUACCUGGUAAUUUUCAAAGUAUGUUUUUUGAGCUUGGAUGGGAGAAUAAUGCAGAAGACUUCAAAGACAUUUGAAGUCAGAUGAACUGAAAAAGAAUGAUUGUAAAAAUAACAUGGAAAAGACUGUCUUUUGCCAGUAGCAAAAAUGCCUCAGAACACUGAAAUCCAAAGUCUUGUAAAAACAACCCUGCCUUCAGCACACACUAAAAAAAGGAAAAAUAAAAUGGUUUAUUAAAUAAUUUUGCUAAAGCUUUAAUUUUCAGUUUCUUAGACCUGCAGAUGACAGAAUCUUGCUUUUUUUUAACCUUUGGUUGUAUCCAGGCACUUAACAUUUUUCAUUCAUCAUUUGGACAGAGUAACAGAUGUUUAAAUUAAACAAUGCUGAAGGUUUACUAAGUUAAGAAAUUACAGAUUGUUCUAGUCCAUUUAUUUCAACAAUGCAUUGAAACACUGCAGUGUAUUUCAGACAAACAGCUCCCACUCCCUGCAGCAGAAAGAAGCCAUUUUGGAAACCUACAGUUCAUAUUCAAUAGGCAGAAACUUCACAUUUUGUAACUAAACAAACUGAAUGUAUCAUGCUGAAAAACAGUCAAUAUGACCUUCAGUAUAGCUGCAAUGUUUCAGUUAUGAACUUAUAAUUGCUUGCAUUGAAGAAUUGAAGAUAGUUACUUGCAAAUUAUUUUGCUGUAAUACGAGAAAAUCCCCUUAAAAUAAUGCAAACUGUGUUAGUCUAGUGACUGAAAAAUGGCAGUGUUAAAUUAAGGCUAAAAAGAGACUAGUCAUGCUGUUACAAUGAAAAGUACAGCAUGUGUUACAGGGGAAUCUCACUCUGAGAGAGCUUGGAUCGAGGAGUUCCCCUUGCUGCUGCUGAGCUAAGAAUUUCAGUCAUCACCUGGUUUGGUAAGUCCUCUCCAGAGAGGUUGUUACAUGAGAUAUUAGAACCAACUUUGAAUGUUCUUGUAUGUGAUGGCUUGUUUUUUUUCCUGGUAUUGUUAGUAUGUAGAGAAAAAAAGAACAUUUUAAAACUUGCACUGUAUUUCUCACAGCUUCUAUUUUAUGAAGACCAAAUUUUGGAUAUUAACCCUGCAGUCUUGAUUAAAAAAUUGUUUGAACAAUUAUGAUAAUAAGUGACAACACUAUAGUUUCUAUUACAGUAAUAUGUAAAACUCUUGUGGAAUUUGUUAGUAUUUAUAACAAAGCAGAGCUCUGUGUUAAUUUAAAGACUGCCCAGCUAUGCCCAUGGCACUGAAUCAUGCAUAAUAUCUCGUUUUCCAGAUAGAUAGAGCUGUUUAUCCUUAGUUUUUUCAAAGCUACUUUAGUUUUGAAAGUUCUUUUGCUAGGAAACAUUACUCCCCUUUUUAUUUAGGCAUCCAUGUAUCUUAAACAAAGGAAUACACUCGGAUUUUGAAGCAUUCCCAGUUUGCCACUGUGAUAGAAACAGUAGAGGGAGUGCAAGAACACAGUUUUUGUGCAGGUCCUAUAAACAUCAGUGCUUUACUGCCUCACUCCCUGAAAAAAAGAACUGUAACAGAAAAGUUUCAAUGUCCAACUGCUGAAAAUGCUCCACUCAUUUCCUAGUGGAUGAAAACCACACGUACUUUACUGUAUAGAGCUCUGAAGUCGAUUUUGUGUCAGAAGGAAAAAUGACUUUCACCUCUGCAGAGAUCUUAGUCAACAAAUCCACCAAAGGACAGGAGCUGUGAUCUCUGGGAUUGCUGGGCACAUUCUGGAUUUGCCAGCAUUACAAUUGGGACUGUGGGACAACGUCUGGGCAGGGGAUGCAGAGCCUCUCCUGAUCAGAGCUCUGAGCACGGAGUGGCUGCAGGCAGCAGUGGGGCCGAUUGCUCAGCUCACUUGCUUUAUGGAGUUUAGCAGAGCUACUUCAUUUCUCCCCAGAAAGACAUGUGGUAUUUGAGAACCUGGAAUAGGAAAUGUGCACUGGUGCUGCUUCCUGCCUUUUAGAGAGAAUCUAGUCUAAUUUAAAACCACAGAAAGAAGGAAAUUCGGAAUUCAGCCUGACAAUGUCCAUGCUCCUGCACUAACCUGGGCACUGGCAAGUAUGUGCACACGGUAAUGAUAAUGGGGCUUAAGCUACAAGUUAAAACAUUGUGUACUGAACAGGAGGCAGUUCAUUUACUGUCUAUGACAUAAAUUAUUUUAUUCCCUAGCUUUUCCUUUUGGACUCUUUUCUGAACUUCUGUAGGUAUCCUAUUGCACUUUCUUGACACGAACUCAAUUCUACGCUCCGAAUUCUUGUUUAAAAAAUAAAACAAGUCUGAAAAAAAUAUUUGUGCCAUUCAUUUGCACUUUAAGGCACAGUAGACUGAAUCAUUUACAAUAAAUGUUGCUUUGGCACUUGAUAACUGAAUUUGACCACUAGAACUCUUGCCUUGCCUCCAGGAAAGUAGCAGAUAAAGGGACAAUUUUCACUCUCGCAGCUGCUGGCACAGGCCAGGUUGAUUCCUAGUAAAACUCAAAACAGUUUGAUAGAAAGUGCAGUUGCACAUGUUCGUUUUUAUUGACUAGCUACCCAAAAGCCUCAUGUCCAAGAGCCUUAAAUUCCCUGUUUUCUCUCUCAUAGGAAUCCCCUCCAUCCAGACUGCUCAAUAUCUGGAAAGAAGACAGUCACGGCUGAUUUCAAUGUUGGUUCUGUGAGUACUUUUUUUGGAUCUUCUGUACUUCUCUAAGAAGCAUGAGAAGAUACCACUGUAUCUAAUACUGAUUAGGUAUAAACUGAAACUGCAGAGUGAAACAUGCUUAAAAACUUGGUGAGGUUGCCUGGGCAGUCCACCUGUAAACCAACUUCUGAACUGCAUGACAUUGUAGUGAAGGUAACUAUGUUUUAUGAAACCCUAUUAUCUCCAAGAACAACACACCUUCUGGGAAACAUUUCUUGUUUCUCAAUACAGAGAUGCUGCCUCAGCUGCCCUUGCUGAGGUAGAACUCGUUGAUUUGAAUAAAGUGCAAUGAUAUCAUUGUAUAAAACAGGUAUAUCUUUGUCCACUUGACACAUGUGGAUUAUGUUGGCAGGCUUCCGUAUCUCCUAUCAGUAAGACAGGAGAAAAAUGGAAGUAGCAUAGGGGUGAGUUUAGAACAUUCUGCCAUGCUUAACUUAGUGAUUUCUAGCCAUAUAGGCCUGAGGUACUCAACUAAUCUCAGAAAAGAACAGAAAUUCCUGGAAAAAUCCCCGUUUAGAUGACUCAUCUGUAUUAUAAAAUGGGAAUUACUACAAGACACAUUCUGUACUUAUAUACUUACUGGGGAUUCUGGACAGUAGAAAGGGCAUUUAAUCUGAAUUGUGCAGUUUUUUUGUUCCUUGGUUGUUUGUGUACAUGGUGUGCGAGUCUCCAAAUGUUCCAGGCUCUGAAUCAUUGGCUUAUAGCUUUAGUGGUUCCAGAGAAAUAAGCAUUCAAAUACUAUAUUUCUGUAUUUUAUCCUGAGGCUGGCCUCUGUGGGAUUACCAGUCUGUCUACACAGUAAUGCACUUGUCCAAGGACCAUGUGCUUCAGUCCAAAUUGCCUCCCUUGCUUCUCUCAGAAGAGAGACAACCAGCCUUGGGUCUGUCGGUUCUGGCAGGACAACAAGGGCUGCUGGCACACAGGCUUGUUCUGACAUCCAUUUAUUGGCACAAUGGCACACGACAGUCAAACUUGUCUCCAGAAGUGAAUUGCAGGUUGCUUCUAGCAAUGCACGCUACCCACCGAAGUGAAUGAAAUGGGGUUUGUCAUUGUAAUUUAAGUCUCCUUUAAUACUUUUCCAGAUCAGAAUCUGAAUAAGAAGAUUUGCCAGAUGCCAUUCUAGUGUGAUUUCCUCUCUUGAAUACUCUUGGCAGAUAUGGGAGAACUGAGUUGGUUGAAUUCUGGGAUAACAACAACAAAGAGUUAACACUGAGCAAGCCCGUUAGUUUUAAGUUUAUUUAUUUUGCAUUUAAGAAGUAUUUUUCUGUUCAUUUCCAUUUGCAUUUUACUAAUUUUUAGAUAACUGAAUGUUGCAAUGAAGUGAAGAAAUCAUUUUGUGACCAGGAAUUUAUCCAGUUGAUCCAAGCUAAUAAAUGGCUUGAACAGAUCAAAUUCCUCCCUGGUGUGCAUGGUGACACGUGAAACUUGCACUUCUUUGGUCUGGUCGUGAAAGCUUUGUGCUGCACCAAACUACUGUGACUAAUGUAGGAAGGAAGCCAAAUGGUGCCACACUGCUGUAUUAGCAGCACAGAAAUGAUUUAUGUAUGUGAUCUUUCUGGAUGCGUCACGAGGCCUAAGCAGACUGAGCCAGAUUAGUUCUGCCAAAACUCUUCUGAGUGAGAAAUACCCCACAGUUUUAGUAAUGCUAAGUCCCUGCAGCACGUGACAAGCCUUGCUUUUUAAAAGUUGAGUAUCUGUAAGUGACUGCCAUCUUUCUUUCUUGGUGGACUGCAAAACAUACCAUGCUAAAUAGCAGGUGAAAGAGAAAACUGCUUAUGUGAGCCACUGAGAUGCACUUUGGGCAAUGCAGUGCCAUGACAUCGCACUGAAAUUAGCUUCUAUCUUUGCAUAGCAAUAGAAAUGUUCAAUAUAGGCUCCGUUCUGAGCCUGCAGGUGGGAUCCUAUUCAGGGUGGAGAAACAAAGACAGCAGUAAGAUAAUUGAAUCUAAUCCUCAGUGAGGCUUCUUUCAAGUUCAAAGAUCUUUUCAAAACUCAGCUCAAACUGUCGUUUCCACAUGUCAGCAGAUCCACUUACAGUAUGUGUGUAGAAGUGAGCAGAAGAGACGAGAGAACACAUGAACACAUACCUGUUUUUUCCUAGGAAUGAAAAUCAUUUUGUAAUUUAAAAAGUCCUUUUUCUGAGGGCUGCCGAUUUGGUUCUCAGCCAUUGUGAGCUUUCUUCUGGCCCUACCUGCAGAGGCUUAUUUACAGCCCAUGUGAACGUUAACAUUUCUGCAUGUCUCCUAGAAAAAUGUGUUCUUAAUCUCCUGCUGAAUUCUUACAUGAGAACACACUGAAAUUUGGCACGGCCACCAGUUAUUUUCCAGUAAAAAACCACCUUAUAGCAGUUGCAUAUGCUUUCAAUUUUUAAGGUAUUUAGUGAUGUUUUCACCUCUAAUUAGCAGAAAUUUCUGGGUUUGGCUCUUUCAUUCCCCUGGGAACCAAGAGUUCGGUUUUGCCAGUUGCUGGGUCAUUACAGAAUUCCAUUCCUCGUGUUAAAUGUUGCUUUUCAAGUUCUGAAUGAACUUGGAACUCAGACCAGCAGCAACUGAGUUCCUGGAAAAUACUGAACCACAUUAAAUGCCACAACUGUCAUAAAAAGAACGUUCAAGUUUAGAAAACAAUCA